AUGACUCUAAAAUCUAUUUGGAUUGACUUCUGUGAAAAUGGCUCAAUACAUGGUUUGAGACACAUUAUUCAGAAAGAUGAGAAACCAUGGAUGAGAUUGCUAUGGGUACUGUUAUUGAUUAUCGCUAGCAUUGCUAUAGUGGUUUUGGUUUCAGCGUCUUGGGAGAAGUAUUCAUACUCUUCAAUGGAAAUCAUUGUUGAUGAUCCUCGUUAUCCACUCAUCAAGAUUGAUUUUCCUGCAGUUACUAUUUGUCCUAUCAGUAAAAUUGUAUACUCAAAGGCUCUCAAUUUAGUGCUUAAUAAAUAUUCCAACGAUUCCGACUUGAGAACCAAGUGGACAAAUUCAUUGCAGGCACUUGCAAGGAUAGAGUUCCCACACAACACGAAUCUAUAUUAUUUUCUACAGAAUAAAUCUACAAUAAAAAUACCCCUGGACGAUAUAUCUGAUAUCAUGUUAAAAUUGGCACCGUCCAUCGAAGAUAUAUUUCAAAAAUGUUAUUGGAGAGGCGUAACGUACAAAUGCAAGGAUAUUCUGCGGUUUCAACGUACUGAAGAAGGGUUUUGUUAUUCGUUCAAUAGCCAAACGGCCGAGAGCAGUAUAAAUGACGAAAACAAAAUUAACCCUCUGUUUAUCGAAUCGGAUGGAAUGCUUGUUCCCCUUCGAAACAACGCCGCGGGCAAAGAUACUGGACUCAAAUUAAUAAUGAGCAAUAUGAGCAACAAAUUUUUCCCAGAUGACAGUCGUAGAAGAGGCUUUAACGUGAUGGUACACACCCCCGACUCCUUUCCGGACGUGGCGACCGCCUACAAAGUGCACGCCAUACGCGAUCGCAUUUCACGGAUAUCAGUGAGCGUGGCUCAAGUGGAGGCUGAUGAUUCACUCGACCGUAUCGGAAAUCAAAACAGCCAAUGUCACUUGUACAGAGCAAAAGCAAAGAACCUCAGCUCACUGUUACACAAGAGUAGCAACGAAGACACGUGUUACAUCAAAUGUAGGAUGAGAGCUAUCUACAAGGCGUGCAACUGUACGCAGUACUUUUUCAAAUUGUAUAAAGGCCUCGGAAGUCACUGUGGAAUAGAACACAUACCUUGUUUGAUCGCAAACGAUAUACUUCAACGUAACCCCAAAGUUCCGGAAGACGAACCAGGCUUUCCUAAUUGGAGCAUGCCAUUUUCUAUGAACUGCAAUUGUCGACCGCCUUGUUCGUUUAUGGCGUAUACGACCGAGCUCCGGAAUGAAUUUAGGCAAUUUGUUAACUAUGAACAGUUAUCUUCGAGAUACAAUGUAUACUUGGAAGUCAAUUAUAGAGAACUUUAUGCUACAAGCUAUCGACGAUCCAUGAGAUAUACUACUCAAGAUUUGUUGGUGUCGUUCGGUGGACUAGCCAGUCUGUUUCUUGGUUGCAGUUUGGUAAGUAUAGUGGAAAUCCUUUACAUAAUCUACAAGUCAUUCUUGAUACUUGUGCAAAACCUCUACAACAACUACAACUGCAACAACGACCCAGCACGACGGGAUACAACUGAUAGUGAGCGUUUUUAUUAA